UCCCGCGAGCCGUCGUGGAGCUCCUCUUAGGAAGGGCGAGGGCGGCCGCCUUCUGGCUGGCGCCCGUCUUUGGCGUCCGGGGGCUGGGCCAUGCCUAGAGGCUCCCUGAGUGUCUCCGAGGAGCUGCCGGAGCCCCAGAUGGACCUGCGGGAGCUGCAGCUGGAAUACCGGGCGCCGCCCCGCUCCAAGCGGCGUCCCCGAGGUGAAGCGUGCCCUUCGGUGGAUAAUUCUUCCUCCGCUGCGGAAGAGGAAGAAGAGGAGGAAGACGAGGAGGAGGACGAGGACGACGAGGAGGACGAGGAAGACGAGGAGGCUGUGGGCGCGGCGGCCGCGACCCCGGAAGGCAAGCAGUCGCAGCGCAACGCGGCCAACGCGCGCGAGCGAGCCCGCAUGCGCGUGCUGAGCAAAGCCUUCUCGCGCCUGAAAACCAGCCCGCCCUGGGUGCCUCCGGACACCAAGCUCUCCAAGCUGGAUACGUUGCGCCUGGCCUCCAGCUACAUCGCCCACCUCCGGCAGCUGCUGCAGGAAGACUGCUACGAGAAGGGCUACGUGCAUCCUGUCAACCUGACUUGGCCAUUUGUGGUUUCAGGAAGACCAGAAUCUGACACCAAAGAGGUCUCAACAGCCAACAGAUUAUGCGGAACGACAGCUUAGUUAAAGUAAACAGUGCUUUUGCUAGAUAUGUUUACCAACUACAUUGACUUCUACAGACCAAAACAGCUGGAACAAUGAAAAACAACUACAUUGUGUGUUUAAAUCCUCUGCUUGUUCAGUUGGGAAGGAAACUGCACUUAAAAUAUAGUAUGAAGUAGGAAAGAUAGUUCACUAAAAUUCAGAUAAAGUGGUGGGUUUAAAAAGCCUAGGCAUUUUUUGCAUCAUUUUCUAAAGAACUGUUCUAAAACUUUUUGACUAACAGAAGACAUACAGGAGGAUAUCUAUUAAAAUUAAUAGCAUGAACCAAAGGAUAGGUUGUAUGAAGUAAUCCCAAUCAGUGUUAUUUGUAUACCAAAGGAAAAUAGUGUUCUAGACUAGUCCUUAAUGUAAAUUUAUAAUAUAUUUGAUCUUAUGUUCUUGGCAGCUAUGCAAUAGUAAGACUACUUCUGUCACCUUAGACAGUUUCUUUUUAAAAUCAAAGACAAAAAGAUUGUAUCCUUCACAGCCUGUUUCACGAAAGCAUCAAAUCAGAUUACUUGUGUUUAAGGCAAGCAUAUACCUGUAUUUCUAUAAAUGUUAUUGGGAACUAAAUUUGCGAGGCAUUUAGUAGGUCAUGGAUUGAAGUCAUAGGCAUAUUCUUGUUGAACUGAGACAACUAAUUCUUUACCGUAGUACAGAGAAGGAUGUGUAAGGUUGCCUUAACCUGAAACAAGAAGCUUCUUUAUUUCAGUCUGCGGAAGUUAUGUAAGA